UGCCGGGAAAAAGUCGCGGAGGUGGCCUUGGCGCGGGGCACGCCGGGAGUAUCACGGAAGGGAGUUUCGCGGCGGCGGCGCCGACGGAGGAAGCGGGAAGCGGCCGUCUGUCGCUACCUCAGCGGCGCUUAGUCGGGCGCCUGGCCUCACUCGGGUGCGGUGUCCUUGCCGCGGCCAUGUACCACAGCAGCACGCAGCGGCGGCGCUGGACCUUCCGCAGCGAAGAGGAGCUGGUCCGGCGCCGGGCCGACGCCAACCGCAAGUUCCGGUGCAAAGCUGUAGCCAAUAGGAAGGUUCAACAGACUGACCCGUUUCUUCUUGAGCCGCAUGAAGAGUUGACCAUUUGUAAAUACUAUGAAAAAAGGCUAUUGGAUUUCUGCUCUGUUUUCAAGCCAGCGAUGCCUAGAUCUGUGGUGGGCUCAGCUUGCAUGUACUUCAAGCGUUUUUACCUCAAUAACUCAGUGAUGGAGUAUCAUCCUCGGAUUAUUAUGUUAACAUGUGCAUUCUUGGCAUGUAAAGUAGAUGAAUUUAACGUGUCCAGUACACAGUUCGUGGGCAACCUUCGCGAAAGUGCAGUAGGACAGGAAAAGGCCCUGGAACAGAUCUUGGAAUAUGAACUGCUACUUAUACAGCAACUGAACUUCCACCUCAUAGUGCACAACCCUUACAGACCAUUUGAAGGCUUCUUGAUCGAUCUAAAGACUCGUUACCCGUUGCUUGAGAAUCCUGAGACACUGAGGAAGACUGCUGAUGACUUUCUCAAUCGGGUUGCUUUAACAGAUGCCUGCCUUCUUUAUACACCGUCUCAGAUUGCUCUCACUGCCAUCUUGUCCAGCGCAUCGAGGGCAGGAAUUAAUAUGGAAAGUUACCUGUCAGAAUGCUUAAUGCUGAAAGAGAACAAAGCUUCCAUCUCCCAGUUACUGGAUGGGAUGAAAUGCAUGAAAAAUCUGGUAAAGAAAUAUGAGCUACCGCAUCCAGAAGGAGUUGCUCUUCUGAAACAGAAGUUAGAGAAAUGCCACAGCCCAGAACUUGCUCUUAAUACAAAUGUAAAGAAGAGAAAAGGUUAUGAAGAUGAAGACUACGUAACAAAGAAACCAAAAAUGGAGGAGGAUGAAUGGACAGAUGAUGAUUUCAUUGACUGACUGGAUGUCUCCACUGAUGAAAUCCUGAAUACUUAAAUGGAACUUUGAUGCCUGAGAACAUGUUGCACAUUCCACUACUGCAGUGAAAAAAUAUGACAAAUGUAAAUAAAGCAGUUAUUUUACAGUGU